AUGACUUUGCCCGUUACUGCCUAUCUAACCAUCGAAUCCUGUUUAAAAUGUGCAAACGGAACAAUAUUGGUACCCAAAAAAUCUGUCACUGGUUGUCAUGAGUAUCAAGGUUACAAUGAUGGAUUCUUUUUUGUAAUUAACACAUGGAAGUUAUUGGGUCGCGUAACGUUUGGACGUAUUCUCAAUCGGCAAGCGGAGUUCGUUCUUUCAGCGAGCCCGCCGAUUCCCCUUCUUGCGUUGGGCAUGACAUCAGGCCAAGCGCCGACCUGUGACGUUGCGGACGCCGUGCCUAGCUUGCCGUUUCGAGUUUUGGAAGAUACGCAAGUGGUGAGCCCAACAGCGCAAGCCGGAGCCGAUGUGUGUGGAAUCUUGCCCGCUAGUAACGUACAAGGACAUUGGUUCUCCUACACAGCUCAAGCAGACGGCUGCUUGGACGCCGAAGUCAUUGGUCUCUCCGCAAGUGAUGCUAUGACGCCGCCUCUUGACCCCAUCCUGUUGGUCUAUACGGGGACUUGCAGUGCGCUUAUGUGUACAGCCAUGGCCGACGACAUCUCCUUGCAGAACCUCAAUAGUCUCGUGGAACUUCAAGCCACUGCUGGAACAACCUACUAUUUCCUGGUCACUGGUUUUGGGGGUGAAAGUGCUGGGCCCUUUUCUUUCACCAUUGUGCCUUCUGCGUCUACUCAAUGUGAAAAUCCCUCUGCCAACCAAAUCUGUCCCGUCUGUCCCAACGGUGGCGAGCCGGCUGCCGGCGCCCUCUUCGAUGAAGACGUGCUGUGUUCCGAUGCCGCGGUAGACGGCUCAAUCCUCGAUGACGGUGGGGAAAGCUGCGCCAUUUUGCAAAUUGCUGGAACCACCAUUUGCGGAUGCCCCACCUCUCAAGAAUCUUGCCCACUUUGUCCCGGUGGAGAGGACGUUGCCAACCCAGAUCUGGUCGUUUUGGGCGAUGGAAGCCUGACAUGCGGAGUCUUGAACAGUCUUGACGGAGCCGACACCUGUGGAGCCGUUACCGCCGGGUUCGCAGCGGAAUGUGGCUGCCCUGGGACAACCCCCUGUCGUCUUUGCGAUGAAACGGCAACCAAUCCAAAUCCUGAACGCCUCUUGUUCAACUUUCCACCGGAUAACGCUCCGUACACCUGUGCGGAUGCCGAAGCGGAUAUUAGAGCCUCGGCUGUGCUCAAUCCCAUUGAGCAAGGCUGCAGUCCAAGCCUUGUGGACUUCGUCACCGGAUUCGAUGUCGUUGACUUUUGCUGUUUCAACGGAGACUUCCCCGGUGAUCUGAACAUUUCAAAUUGCGAUUCUGCUAGCGUCAUUACGGCCUUGCCGUUUACGGUCAGUGGAAAUACAGGAGAUGCCACUCCAGAAGUGAACGCCCAGGCAGAAUCAUGUGGCCUCCUGAACUACGGAGAACACCAAGGAGAAUGGUAUACCUAUACCGCUGAUGCAAACGGCUGUGUUACCGUUCGGACUUCCGGAAACUUGGACUCCAUGUUGUUUGUGUACUCUGGAGAAUGUAGCGACUUAACGUGCGUCGCGAUGAACGACGACGCCGUUUUCACAGUCUCCGGAAGUGAACUGACCUUUGACGCGGUUGCGGGGACGAGGUACUUCUUUAUGGUCACGGGAUCUUCCUCCGACGAUGUUGACACCUAUACCCUAGAGAUUUCGCAAAUUGCAGGAAACUGUCCGAGCCCGACCGGGGGCGAACUUUGUCCCGUAUGUCCAGACGGUAGUGACCCCGAUCCUACCGCAUUUUACAAUGACGACCUUUUGUGUAUUGACGCAGCAGCCGAAUUUGGAGUUGUAGACGGAGACUCACAAGAUUGUGUGCUAUUCCAAACUAUCGGAGCACCCAUUUGUGGUUGCGAAGUUGUUGCAGCAGACACGUGCAACUUGUGUCCGGAUGGAGAAGAUGUCCCGGCUGUCGCGGCCGACAAGAGUAUUCCUGAUGCCCUGACGACCUGCUCGCAGCUCAACAAUGUCGCAGGUACCAGCACUUGCGGAGACGUCACGGCUGGUGUAGCCAACUUCUGCGAAUGUCCAAGCUCCAGUCCUAUUUGCACUUUAUGUGACGCCAGCUCCACCAUGUUCAACCCUGACCUUGUUCUGUUGGAAGAUGGAAAUUACACGUGUGGAAAUGCCAACGAAGAUACACAGUACUAUUACCUUUGGUACCCUCUUGACGCCGAGGGCUGCAACCCAAGCAUUGCGGUAUCCUUCAUUGAUAGUGGAAUCAACGUGAUUGACUACUGUUGCAACGGCGGUCCUCUGACGGGAACCCUCGGUCCCACGGCUUCUCCGGCGACUGGUCCAACGGCUUCCUCGGACGUCCCGACUACCGAUUCCGGUGCCGGUGCCGGCUCCGGCAAUACACCGGAGUCCACGUCGACUUCCGUUGCAGUUUCGUUUCGAGGUGGAAUCGCCACAGUGUCCUUGCUUUGUUUGUUUGUCUUGCUCAACUAAUAGGUUAGACUAUUCUUACUGGAUGUUUUA